AUGGACGACGAGAGGAGACGAGACGACGUGCCAGACGACCGUGGCGCCCGCGCACCUGACGGUCAUGGCGCCCGCGUACCCGACGGCAAUGGCACCCGCGUACCGGGAGAGCCGGCGCCGCAGUCGUCGCCGGCGGCUGACGACCAUUACCGCAUCCGCAUCUCGUCGAUCGAAGGCUCGUCCGAUAGCUCGCUCGGGUCUCGUCGAUCGUUGCCGCGCAUCUCGGCCAACUCGGACAAGUCGUCGCUCUGUGGCUCGUUCAUCAAGCCGACGACGCCUCUGUCGCCGGACGAGGCCCAGCUCUGGAGCCUCCACGACGACGAGCACGACUUGCCCAUGAUGGAGCUGACCCGACCCCGGUCGCCGUCGCCACCACCACCGCCAGUGCCACGCCGCCACACGGACGCGCGACCGCCCACCGGUAUGGCCGCGUCCGCGCAUCCGACAGGCACCAUGUCGGCGGCGCGGCUCUUUAUGAUGCCCCGGCGGUCCGAGCCGCAGUUGCCGCUGCACAUGAACCCGCCUCGACUGCGCGCUGCGACCACGACAGCGUACCGGUCGCUGCCGCCGCACCUCGAGGAGCCGCGGCUGCGGCUCGCGCCGCUCAAGCGCACAAGCGGUCUCAAGCCGCCGACAGCGCUCGACGACGACGACGACGUGCCGCCCGAGCUCGUCGAGCACAUGUUUGCCAUCACACCGCCGUCGACACCGGCACAAGACGACGACGACGUCGACGACUUUCGACGUACGAUCUCGCCGAUCGCGGUCAUUGAACCCGCGGCGUCGCGCCAGCUCACACUGCUCGAGAGCCUCAUGUCGCUCGCGCAUCGGCUCGGCGUCUUCAUCUUUAUCGAUAUGACCGUCAAGCUCAUCAUGUUCCUCGUCUUCAUGUCGUACGAAGAUCCGCUGCGCAUGAUCAUCUCGAUCUUUGGCUACUCGAUCGUCUUCAACUUUAGCCCGAAACAAUAUUUUGUCUUUGCGACGCUGUGCACGAUCGACAGCCUCCUCAUCGUGUACCUCUGGAACAACAACCCGGAGAAGGACGCGUACCGUAAAGUCCUCAGCGGUCUCGACAUCGCCGUCAUCAUGAUCGAACUCAUGUUCACCAUGCGCCUCUUGGCCAUCACCCACCGCCUCAGCGAAGAGGAACUUCAGCAGCUCCAUGAACGAUGA